AUUUGAUGUAUGACCUAACAAGAUUUUUGGUCAUUCUAAUGCUUUUUGUUGCUGGCUUCACGCUUCAUGUUACCUCGAUUUUUCAGCCAGCCUAUCAGCCAGUUGAUGAAGACAGUGCUGAGUUGAUGAGGCUUGCCUCGCCGGGUCAGACAUUAGAAAUGCUAUUUUUCUCGCUUUUUGGACUUGUUGAACCAGAUAGCAUGCCACCCCUACAUCUUGUUCCUGAUUUUGCCAAAAUUGUAUUGAAAGCAAUUUUCGGCAUAUACAUGAUGGUAACAUUGAUCGUUUUGAUCAACUUACUAAUUGCAAUGAUGUCCGAUACGUACCAGCGCAUUCAGGCACAAUCAGACAAAGAAUGGAAAUUUGGUCGAGCAAUUCUUAUCCGCCAAAUGAAUAAACGCUCUGGCACACCCUCGCCCAUCAAUAUGCUAACUAAAUUUUAUGUUGUACUCAAAGUUGCCUACAGGAAUAAACGUAACUUUUAA